AUGGCAGAGGAGAAAUACAAGCUGUACAAGGGCUUUGAAGGAGAUCUGGCUUUUCUGAAGAGUGAGCUUAAAAUGAUCGCUAGUGCCAUUGAUGGGCAGCUCUUGGGGCAGGAUGAUCACAUACUGCGUUUGUCCGUUGAAGAGUUGCGCCAAGUAGCUCAUGAAAUGGAGGACUGUAUAGACCACAUCGUGUAUGAUGCAUCUUGGGAACAGCAACAACCAUGGUACUGCAAAAUGGUCAAAACUGGGAAGAAGAGAAAAUCACGCUUACAGUUAGGCGAAGAGAUGCAGCAACUAAGGUGCAGAUUGGAGGAAGCACUCCAACGGCAACAGAGGUAUUCAGUGUCCCGUCCAUCCACAUUCCAGCCGGCAGAAUCAUCCUUGAAUCAGCAUAUCCUUCCGGCUGAUUUGGUUGGCAUCAAGCCACCCCUUGAGGAGCUUCUGGAGCAGUUGUCAGAAUUUGAAGGUCAACCCAAGCAGUUGAAAGUGAUCUCAAUAGUUGGCUUCUGUGGAUUGGGGAAGACCAUCCUUGCCCGGGAGUUGUACAACAGCGUGAUCGGCAAGCAAUUCGGUGAAAGGGCAUGGGUUUCUGCAGUGCAUGGGGAUCCGAGCAAGCUCUUAAUAGAGAUACUCAAGGAACUGCAUAAACCACCACCCGAUACCUCCGAUGUCUACCAGCUUAGUACUGAUGUAAGGAACUUCCUAAAUAACAAGAGGUAUUUCAUUGUAAUUGAUGACAUGCGGUCAGAUCAAUGGAGUACUAUAAAGUCUGCCUUUCCUCGAGAUGUUAGCAGCAGAAUAUUGGUGACAACGAAAAUCAAGUCAGUGGCUAAUACUUGCAGCUCUACCAAUGGCUAUAUUCACAAAAUGAGAAGACUUGACGAGAAACAUUCAAAGCAGUUAUUCCUGAAGGAAGCUUGUCCGGUGGAAUAUUCAGAGUACAUGGGGCCUGAUUUGGCAGCAAUUUUGAAGAAAUGUGAUGGUCAACCACUCGCUCUGACUACCGUUGGCCAAUUCAUGGGAAAAAAAGAGUUGGCCAACAGGACAUGA